AACUGAGCAUGCGCAGUUGCUGCUUCUUCCUCCAGCCGAUAAUGACGGUAGAAGUGCGCUCGGUCGUGCUUCAAGAUUAGAUAAAGUUACUGAGAAAAAUUCUUCACAAGAUUAUUAGCGAGACUAUACUUUCAUGGACGAUAUUGGGUUGCCCCCUACCAACGAGCCCAGUGCUGGAAUGCUAAACAUGGAGCCCCCAGCCAUGGAGAGUAAUGGGAAUAGCUUAUUGCAAGAGUGGUCUCUGAACCAGGUUCCUUCUGGAAGUCUCACCACUGUCUUGCCUGAGGAUUCAGAUAUGUCUCAGGAAGCUAGUGAACAACAGCAGCAAGUAACCCAACAGCUUAAGUCCACAGAUUUGGGAUCUGUGGAGAAGGUAGUGGAAAAUUUCCAGCUUGACAGUGCUCAGCUGUGUCCAGAGGAGCAGCCACCAUUGCCACCACUGCCACCAUUGCCACCACAGGAACCAGAAGAAAUUUUCCCGCCUCCAGAAAAUGCUGCAGAGUCCUUCGCGAUGGUGGCACAUAACCAGGAGAUGAGUGCAGUGGUAGAGGCUACUGUACAGGAUGGUAUUCAAGGAGACGCUGAGACGCCACAGGUGACAGAGGAUGGUAUGGAAUUAGAAGACCCCUCCAAAGACCCAACACAAGAAACAGCUAUUCCUGCAGAACCAGAGCUGCCCAGUGAAUUUGAAAAACUCUUCAAAGGCUGUGAGGACAACCCAGAGGACUUCAAUGGUUGGGUUUAUCUACUGCAGUAUGUGGAGCAAGAGAAUAACAUUGUAGCCGUGAGGAAGGCAUUUGAUGUGUUUUUCUACCGCUACCCUUACUGCUAUGGUUACUGGAAGAAGUAUGCUGACAUAGAGAAGAAGCAUGGAAACAUACAGGUUGCAGAAGAGGUGUACAGACGAGGUUUGCAGGCCAUCCCCCUCAGUGUGGACCUGUGGCUUCACUACCUGACUUUCAUCAAAGACAACUCAGACCAGACUGACCCAGAAACAGAGGGACGCAUUCGAGCUGCCUAUGAACAUGCAGUGCUGGCUGCAGGCACUGACUUCCGUUCAGACCGUUUGUGGGAGUCCUAUGUCAACUGGGAAACGGAGCAGCAGAGGCUGGCCAAUGUCACAGCUAUCUAUGACCGUAUCCUGGGCAUUCCUACCCAGCUGUAUUCCCAACACUUCCAGAGGUUCAAAGAGCAUGUACAGAGCAACAACCCCAAACACUUCUUGUCAGAAGAGGAAUUUAUACAGUUGAGGCUGGAGCUGUCCAAAACCAACCCAGCAGGCAUGGUAGGGGAUGAAGGCGAGACCCCCGUUUCUGAGGAGGAACUGCCACCUGGUACUGAGGACCUUGUGGACCCCGCUAAGAGGGUGACUGAGAUUGAGAAUAUGCGCCACAAGGUGAUUGAAGUCCGGCAGGAGGUGUUCAACCACAAUGAGCACGAAGUCAGCAAGCGGUGGACUUUUGAAGAAGGGAUAAAGAGGCCGUACUUCCAUGUCAAAGCCUUGGAGAAGACCCAACUGAACAACUGGAGUGAAUACCUGGAUUUUGAGAUUGAGAACGGGACUCCUGAGCGUGUGGUGGUUCUCUUCGAACGAUGCCUUAUCGCCUGCGCCCUCUACGAGGAUUUCUGGAUCAAGUAUGCAAAGUAUAUAGAAGGCUACAGCACUGACGGCGUGAGACACAUCUACAAGAAGGCCUGCACCACUCAUCUUCCCAGAAAACCUACAAUUCACCUGCUGUGGGCUGCGUUUGAAGAGCAGCAAGGCAACGUCGAUGAGGCUCGUCGUAUCCUGAAAGAAAUGGAAGAAAUCAUCCCAGGUCUGGCCAUGGUGCGCCUUCGAAGAGUCAGCAUGGAGCGCCGCCACGGGAAUAUGGAGGAAGCAGAGUCGUUGCUGUGGGAGGCCAUGGAGUCUGCAAAGAACACCACAGAGACGUCCUUUUAUGCUGUUAAACUCGCAAGGCAGCUGGUGAAGGUGCAGAGAAGUCUGAGCAAAGCCAAGAAGGUGCUGCUGGAAGCCAUUGAAAAAGACCAGACAUGUCCAAAGUUGUAUCUCAACCUGUUGGAGCUGGAGUACAGCGGAGAUGUGAUGCAGAAUGAAGCAGAGAUCUUGGCUUGUUUCGACCGUGCACUGAAUAGCCCAAUGGCCCUUGAGUCCCGCAUCCUGUUUGCCCAGCGCAAAGUUGAGUUCCUGGAGGACUUUGGCAGUGACAUCAAUGUACUUGUGGCUGCAUAUGAGGAACACCAGAGACUACAAAAAGAAAGCGAGUCAACAAAGAGGAAAGCGGAGAACGGCUCUCAGGAGCCUGAUGCCAAGAGACAGCGUGUCGAUGACGCGUCCUCAGCAGCCAACACGAUGACUGAUAUGCAGGCAAACAACUCUGCGUACAACUACAACUGGUACCAGCAACAAUAUGGCGGAUGGGGACAAAAUACCUGGGGCCAGUACAACCAGUACGCCCAGUAUAACCAGUACUACCUCCCUCCACCCACAUGAUGGACACAUCCUGACAUGAAGAUGGAGAUCCAGAUGAAAGCAUCCUUUCUAAUGACUCCUCUUUCUUUGCAGUUUUGGCCACAUUUUUCAAACUACCCAGCAGCUUGUGUUCAGCGAGGAACUGAAAAAAAAAAGGAAAUUAAACCACAAUUUGAAUAAAUAACAUCAUAAUACACUGCGUUUU